AUAUAAUCGUAAUUAGUAAGAAUGAAAGGAAAGGACGAAAGGUAAACGGUGGGUGGCUGUUGAGUGUUGACCGUUGAGAGUCUCACAGAGAGAGAGAAAGAACAAUGAUGUGAUGAAUGACGAUGAUAUAUUACUCAAAUCACAGAACCACUUAUUCUCUUUCUUUUCUUCUUCUUGGCAAAUUAUCAAACACCUACCAGGCACCUCCAAUGUCACUCUUCAUCUUUCUCUUCUUUCUCUUCCUCCUCCCGCCGCCAUCGCUCUCUCAAAACGACAACGUAACAUGCCCACUCAACACCACCCUCCUCACCACCCUAGGCGGCGGCUCCGAACCAUCCUUCGACUCAUCCUCAACGUGUCACAACGUCCUCCAAACCCUCCACCUCCUCCAAGCCGACUACCUCCGCCGCCAAUCCCGCUUCGUUCCGCCGUUAAACUCCUCCGCCUCAUGCUGGUCCACCUUUCAAUCCUACAUCACCAAAUACGAACCCAAUUUCGACGUUCGCUCGCGCUGCGGCCUCCAAACCUCCUGGAUCUCCUAUGGUUGCAUGAACAUCACCACCCUCCAACAAUUCGAAUCCGCCGUCCCCGCCGCAACCAUCCAAAGCGUUAAAAGUAGCUGCAACCAGUCUUUGGAUAACAACGCGCCCUGCGCCAGCUGCACCACCAGCUUGUCCAACUUGCAGUCCUACUUGAACGGCUCCACCGUCGGCAACGUCUCCGAGUGCAGGUCCUACACUUCUAUCUACGCUGCUUAUCUUGCUGACCCUACUGAUACCGGCACCGCUAAGUGCUUAUUCGGCCUUGAUUUCUCUUCCUCCGGGAAAAGCAACAACGGUAAGACGGUUCUUAUUGCUGUUGUUGUUUCUGUUUUCAGUGUUUUGGGGUUGGUUUUGUUUGGUGGGUUCUGGGGUUACUUGAGGUGGAAGAAGAAGAGGAACGAGAUUACGAAGAAAGGUGGUGUUGGCAUGGAUCAGAUUGGUUUGAGUUCUUCUGGAUUGGACUCCAUGAACCAGAGCACUACCUUGAUUAGGUUCGGCUUCGAUGAAAUCAAGAGAGCCACCAGGAAUUUCUCAAGGGAUAACAUAAUUGGGAGUGGCGGUUAUGGCAACGUUUACAAGGGUUUGUUGAACGAUGGAUCUCAGGUUGCUAUGAAGAGGUUCAAGAAUUGUUCUGUUGCCGGUGAUGCUAGCUUCACUCAUGAGGUUGAGGUCAUUGCCAGCGUUAGGCAUGUCAAUCUUGUUGCUUUGAGAGGCUAUUGUACGGCCACAACUAAUUUAGAGGGUCAUCAGAGGAUUAUUGUGACUGAUUUGAUGGAAAAUGGGAGUCUCUAUGAUCACUUGUUUGGGUCAAGAGGGAAGAAAUUGAGUUGGCCCCUUCGGCAGAAGAUAGCUCUCGGAACUGCUAGGGGUUUGGCUUAUCUGCAUUACGGCGCGCAGCCGUCAAUCAUUCACAGGGACAUUAAGGCUAGCAAUAUUCUUCUUGAUGAGAAAUUUGAGGCCAAGGUCGCAGAUUUCGGGUUGGCAAAGUUCAAUCCGGAGGGAAUGACACAUAUGAGUACUAGAGUUGCUGGUACCAUGGGGUAUGUUGCGCCGGAGUAUGCGCUCUAUGGGCAAUUGACAGAGAGGAGUGAUGUUUUCAGCUAUGGUGUCGUGCUUCUUGAAUUGUUGAGUGGGAGGAAGGCUCUGGAGACGGACAGCGAUGGACAGCCAAAUGCACUGACUGACUUGGCCUGGUCAUUGGUUAGGGAAGGUAAAUCAUUGGAUGUUAUUGAAGAUGGAAUGCCGGAACAGGGCGCGCCGGAGGUUCUUGAGAAGUAUGUGUUGGUUGCUGUGCUGUGCUCACAUCCUCAGUUGUAUGCUAGGCCUACAAUGGACCAGGUUGUUAAGAUGCUGGAGACCGAUGAGUCUGUGCCUUCGGUUAUGGAAAGGCCAAUACCUUUUACUGCUGGGAGGAUUGAUAUUGAGAAAUCUGCUCUAAGCAACUCAGGGCAGCUUUGUAGUCCAACCGGUUAUCAGGCAUUCACAAUGCAGAGUAAACACCUUUCGGAUCCUAAUAAGCAAGAAGAGCUUAAGGAAGAAGAAGAGGGAAACUCUGAGUCCGGGACCAUGAGCGUGGAUUGAGGGCAGGGAAGUUGUUCAAUCAUCUACUUAUACUGGUAAUUUAGAACUUUGGACAAGAAAAAAUCAUUUGAUUAUCUUGAACUAGCUUAGUCUCGGCAUGAUUUCUUUGUACAUUUUGAUUUUGUAUUUUAUGAUUGUUUAAGCGCGUUUUCUGCUUGUAAAGUAAAAUAUUGAGGUUGUACAAAAUUUUGAUUCUUUCUUAGAGUUGGGAGUGAUGGCAAUUGAGUAUGAUCAACUUUUGCUGCUGAUUUUGCUGUCAGUUACUCAAA